AGCCCUUGCCGCUUCCUGUUCCGUCUCGGCCCCGCCCACUGCUGGAACUAUUGUUUCCGGCUCAGCCCGGGAACUGCCGGAGCGUUUUAGGCUCUGGUUCUCUGGCCCGCCUACUUCCCUAACGCUCCUCCCGCCGUCUCAGGGGUUGGGGAAGGUAGUUGCUGGUAAAGUUUUCCCGUUUCAAGGCCGCGCAGGUUGGGCGGGGCCCGUCUUCCGUCCUUUUCAUCGUGGCCCGAAGCUCAAGUCGGCUACCGGUGACGAGUUUCAGGGCGUCAUGGCCGGGGCCCACCGCGGCCGGCCCCGUGUGAGGCCGCCAUUCGCUGCCCGCGCGCUCCCUUGGCCUCUGGGUCCGCCGGCGCCCUUCUCAGCCUGAGCGCAGCCCCUGCUCGCCCGCGGCUUGUCCGGCGCCGGACCUCAUGGCCUCCGAGGCGCCGUCUCCACCGCCGUCACCUUCGUUGUCGCUGUCGCCGUCGCCGCCUGCCUCCCCCGAGCCUGAGUUAGCCCAGCUGAGACGGAAGGUGGAGAAGUUGGAACGCGAAUUGCGGAGCUGCAAGCGGCAGGUGCGGGAGAUCGAGAAGCUCCUGCAUCACACUGAGCGGUUGUACCAGAGCGCCGAAAGCAACAACCAGGAGCUCCGCACGCAGGUGGAAGAACUUAGUAAAAUACUCCAUUGUGGGAGAAAUGAAGAUAAUGAAAAGUCUGAUGUAGAAGUACAAACAGAAAAUCAUACUCCUUGGUUGAUCUCAGAUUAUUAUUAUCAGACAUACUAUAAUGAUGUUAGUUUUCCAAAUAAAGUGGCUGGACUUUCAGAUCAGCAAGAUCAAGAUAUCGAAGCUCCUACUUUUGAUUCUAAUGACCAGUCACAAAUAGAAAAUGAUGCAUACAGUGGUAUUGAUGGAACAGAAAAUGUUCAGUGUAGACAAGACCAUUUUGCUUCAAAUUCACAGGAGCCGGUGUCUGCAUUAGCAACAGAAGAUGCAUCUCAAGAAGGUUCAUCAUUAGCAGAAAGUCUGAGAGCUGCAGCAGAAGCUGCUGUAUCACAGACUGGAUUUAGUUAUGAUGAAAAUACUGGACUGUAUUUUGACCACAGCACUGGUUUCUACUAUGAUUCUGAAAAUCAACUGUAUUAUGAUCCUUCCACUGGAAUUUACUACUAUUGUGAUGUGGAAAGUGGUCGAUAUCAAUUUCAUUCUCGAGUAGAUUUGCAGCCUUAUCAGACCUCUAGCACAAAACAAAGUAAAGAUAAAAAAUUAAAGAAGAAAAGAAAGGAUCCAGAUUCUUCUACAGCAAAUGAAGAAAAGGAUUUGAAUUCAGAAAAUCAAAAAGUCUUCAGUGUUGAACAUUUAAGCUGCAACGAGGGAGAAAAUUUUGCAAAUGUGAAAAAGAAGGCCAAAGUAGACAAUCGUUACAAAAACAGUCCCCCAGAAUGUACCGUUCCAAUGAGUGGAAACACUAUACAAUCUCUUUUUAACGAGAACAUUUCUAAUUCAACUUCAUUUAAAGAUGAGGAAAUCAUAGAGACUGAUAGUGAGCCAGAAGAAGGUGAAAUUACAGACUCUCAGACUGAAGAUAGUUAUGAUGAAGACAUUCCCAGUGAAGACCAUGUAACCUCAGAAGAUACUGAGAAUGAAGAUGAAGAAAAAAUUUGGCCCCCAUGUAUUAGAGUAAUUGUUAUUAGAUCACCGGUGUUGCAGACAGGAUCACUUUUUAUCAUUACAGCUGUAAACCCUGCUACAAUUGGAAGAGAAAAAGAUAUGGAACAUACUCUCCGAAUCCCUGAAGUUGGGGUCAGUAAGUUUCAUGCAGAAAUUUAUUUUGACCAUGACUUGCAAAGUUAUGUCCUUGUGGAUCAAGGCAGUCAAAAUGGCACAAUUGUUAAUGGAAAACAGAUUCUUCAGCCAAAAACUAAAUGUGACCCAUACGUACUUGAGCAUGGAGAUGAAGUGAAAAUUGGAGAAACUGUAUUAUCCUUUCACAUUCACCCUGGCAGUGAUACCUGUGAUGGCUGUGAACCAGGGCAGGUUAGAGCGCACCUUCGCCUUGAUAAGAAAGAUGAAUCUUUUGUUGGUCCAGCAUUAACUAAGGAGGAAAAAGACUUGGAAAGGAGAAAAGAAUUAAAAAAAAUACGAGUAAAAUAUGGUUUACAGAAUACAGACUAUGAAGAUGAAAAGGCAUUGAAAAAUCCAAAAUACAAAGAUAGAGCUGGAAAACGAAGGGAGCAGAUUGGAAGUGAAGGAACUUUCCAAAGAGAUGAUGCUCCUGCAUCCGUUCAUUCUGAAAUCACUGAUAGCAAUAAAGGUCGGAAGAUGUUGGAGAAGAUGGGUUGGAAAAAAGGAGAGGGACUGGGAAAGGAUGGUGGAGGAAUGAAAACUCCGAUUCAGCUUCAGCUUCGACGAACACAUGCAGGCUUGGGGACAGGCAAGCCAUCUUCGAUUGACGAUGUGCACCUUCUCCAGAACAAGAGCAAAAAAAACUGGGACAAAGCACGAGAGAGGUUUGCUGAAAAAUUUUCAGAAACUAAACCUCAAAAAGAUGCACCAGGAACUAUGCCUUGGGUAAAAGGGACUGUAGAAUGAUGGUUAAUCACAGAACAGAAUUCAAGCUUUUUUUUAAAAAAAAAAGAGUUUGGAAACCCUUAUUUUAUUGCAGAACUUUUCUCUGCAAAAGAUUCAGUGGCACAAGGGAGGUGUGUCACAGUUUACCCCCUCAUGAUUCAGAAAUGUGUAAUAAAGUAUGGUUUGUAGCUUUUAAAACCCAUUUUUUAAAACCAAUAAAUAGUCACUGAAUCAAGUUAUGUAGUAAGUGGACUCAAGUUCACAGGGUAUGGAAGAGUUUAUCAAACUUAGUUAUUUUUCUUGUCAUUUACAACAUUCAUAUAAGCAACUAGCUAUCUAAGCAGAAUUCAUAUAAACCUAGUGACUUAAGUGUAUGUUUGUCCUCAUCUCCAUGUAUUCAGUAUUAUAAAGUGCACAGCAAAAGAAAGAGGCAUCAAAAGUUUAUAAAAUAAUUCUGACCAUAUGCAUCCUUGUUUAAGCCCUUUAGAACCUAGAUUAAAAAAUGUCAAGAAAGGCUGGGUGUGGUGACUCAUGCCUGUAAUCCCAGCACUCUGGGAGGGUGAGGCGGGUGGAUUGUUUGAGCCUUAGGAGUUUGAGACAGCUUGAGCAAGAGAGACACUCCAUCUCUUAAAAAAGAAAAAAAAUAGCUGGGUAUAGUGGUGGGCACUUAUAGUCCCAUGUACUUGGGAGGCUGAGGCAAGAGGAUCACUUGAGCCCAGGAGUUUGAGGUUGCUGUGUCCUAUGAUGCCAUGGCACUCUACCCAGAGUGACAAAGUCAGACUCUGUCUCAAAAAAAAAAAAAAAAGUCAAGAAAACAUGAAUAGUAGUAAAUUUGCAUAAAUUUCAUUAGCCUUGAAGUAGCCUGCCCUAAGUUAUACUAUUGAAGAACUAAUGAACAGGUGAUAUAGUAAAUUAGUCUUUUAUUCCUUUCUUCUGUGAAGAAUCUGUCGAUUUGUACUGUGUAUUCAGCAUUUACAUUUGAUUUUGUUUCAUAGCUAACAGAGCUAUUUAGAUAGGAACAACUGAGUACAGUAUUGAAAUAUUCAAUGUGCUGGCAUUUGAGUGUUGAUAAAAAUACCAUUGUGGGCAAUGGAGUUGUGCCAGAGAAAUUGAUUUCUAGUCCAAAAGGAAUACCUCACUAAGGCCUCAACAUACUUAUUGAACAUAUUUCCAAAUGCAGCAAAAACACUGUAACAUUAGAAAGUGAUUUGUUAAACCAAUGAUUUAAACAUACUGAUAUGCUCUGAAUUUGUAACCAGCCAGAAUUUUCCCUGAGUCAGCAGUACAGUAACAAAGGAGAGCCUCAAAUAUUGAAUUGUAGUGCAGCUUUCUGGGUGCAGGUGUCACUGCUCUGCUGGCUAUCACUGUUCUUUCCCUUUCUGUUCAACUUUUCUCCCAGCCGUUUGCUGGGAAAUUAACACUGGAACUAACCCUUUUCUGGUAGUGAAUAUAAGCUACAGUUCCCCCAUCUACUAUAAAGAAAUGUCUUUGAGGUUUAGAAAUAAGGAAAGGGGUGGCGCCUGUGGCUCAGUGAGUAGGGCACCGGUCCCAUACACUGAGGGUGGUGGGUUCGACCCCAGCCCUGGCCAAACUGUAACAAAAAAUAGCCGGGUCUUGUGGCGGGCACCUGUAGUCCAAGCUACUUGGGAGGCUGAGGCAAGAGAAUCGCCUAAGCCCAAGACCUGGAGGUUGCUGUGAGCUAUGAUGCCACAGCACUCUAGUGAAGGUGACAAAGUGAGACUUUGUCUCCAAAAAAAAAAAAAAAUAGAAAUAAGGAAAGGAAAAUUCUAAAAAUAAAAAUUAUACAAUAAUGAAGAUAAUUAAGAAUUAAGAAAGAAAGGAUACAUAUUAGAAUUUCCAUCUAAAGGACAUAGGCAGAAAGAGAAAUGGGGAAAGAAAAAUAAAUUGUGGAGCUCUCGCCAGCCGGCUGCCAGCAGUAUGGCCGCAGCCGUCGCAGCUGCCUAGCACCAGCUUCUUCGCGGGCUCCGCUGCCCAGGACUUGCCCCAGGACCUCGGCCGGGUGAGAAGAGGCCUCGGAGCAUCUGCUCUGGCAGCCCCGACAGUCUGUUGGGCUCUCCGGCAUCGGCCCCAGCCAGACUCUGCUUCUGGGUGCGCUAGGGGCUGCGGCAGUUGUGGCGGGGGCGCCCAGCAUGAAAAAAAAAAAAAAAGAAAGAAAGAAAAAUAAAAAUAAAUUGUGACUACAUAUAAGAUACAUGAACAGAUUAAGUCCCUACAAGGUUUAUGCUGGCAUAGUUAGGCCCUAUAACUCCAAAUUUGGAUGAGGUAUCUUUCUGUGUCCUUUCUGUCCCACAAUAUAGUCUAAUAUAUAUAUUCACACACAUACACACAUACAUACACACACACACACACACACACACUCUAGACUUGGAGGCAGCAGGAUUGCCCUGCAUUAUUUUCUCUAAAACAGGAAAAAAAUUACUGGUCUAAAUAUGAUACUGGUGCUAGUGCUCUGUAUAUAGAUAGGUAACAUUAUAGAAUUAGACUCCUCUGUACAUAGAUAGAUAACAUUAUAGAAUUAGCAUCCCCCAAAGAGAUUUUUGCUACUGGUGAAUGUUACUCAUUGGGUUAGUAUAGAUGGUCUGUAAUAUUUUCCAUUAUUUUAUUGGGAAAAACUUUUUUUCAUAUUUCUCUUUUGUUAAAAAAAUGGAGAUCUCAAAAAAAAAUUAGGAACUCAAAAAUGGUGAUAAAAAUUUAAAUAUAUGUGGUUUUUGCAUUAUUAAAACUUUUUGCAGAUCUAACGUCUCAGGGCUAUACUAUAUACUGGUUAAAGUACUCAAUAAUCUCUGGGUUUAUUUCCAUCUGUAAAAUAAGAAUAUUUAUCUCACAUGUUUGUCUUGAAUAGCAACUGGGGAAAUAUAUACAAAAAGCAUUUUGUAAACUGUAGAAAUAGUACAAAUGUGAGUUCUACUUGUUUAGAAGCAUAAAUAUGAAUCAUGUACAAUUUG